UGGUGAACUCACAAAAGCUUCUGUCCUACUGCGAAUCUUUAGUCUUUAAGGCGCUGCUGGACUUUUGCUCUUUUCUGCGGCUACAGUUGGAUUAAUAUGGCUACCAUCUUGAUCUUUCUCCUGAUUUGCUAGAGGCUUUCUUUUCUCUUGUAGUGAGCCUGCAUUGUGGAGAGCAUGUGAAAGUGAACCUGUGACUGGAAUUUGGUUCAGACCCUUCUGUUGAGGCAGGAGUAAAGUCUAAAAUAAUGUCUGAGGUGCUGAGAGGCUACCCAAGAGGAGGAAAGUGCCAUUUUAGGUGUGGCCAUCUUCAAAAGCCGCUUUGUGGUUUGGAGCCUGCAAACUGUGGAACCCAUUUUCCCCUCAGGAGUGUCUUCUCAUGUGACUUCUGGUUGGACUUGUCUGAGAACCUUGGCAGCUGAAGCAGAAUUUGCUCGCUGUGAAAACGAAAGCAAGCUGCACAGGAAAAGAAAGGGAGGGGCCAUUCCUAAUUCCUGUGUAGCUGUAAAGGGACACAUUUUAAAAACGGAUCCCAAGCUGUAAAACAACAUGAUGCCUACAGAUACCACAACAUACUCCACCGAACAGUCUGAGCACUUUAAGCCAUGCAAAGACAAGGAUCUUGCAUACUGUCUGAACGACGGGGAAUGCUUCGUCAUCGAAACCUUAACAGGUUCCCACAAACACUGCCGGUGCAAAGAGGGCUACCAAGGUGUCCGCUGUGACCAAUUUUUGCCGAAAACCGACUCAAUCUUGUCAGACCCAACUGACCAUCUAGGAAUUGAAUUCAUGGAGAGCGAAGAGAUUUACCAGCGGCAGGUGCUGUCUAUUUCCUGUAUCGUCUUUGGCAUAGUCAUAGUGGGCAUGAUCUGUGCAGCGUUCUACUUCAAAACAAAGAAGCAAGCAAAACAUAUUCAGGAACAGCUGAAAGAGACGCAGAACGGGAAAACCUACAGCCUUAAUGCUCCCGGCAUGAUGGCAAAACCAGAGACCAGGGCCCAGAGCCGAGUCCAGCUGCAAACUUAUUCAAAGCCCAGCAGGCACCCAGAGCCCGUGAUGGAAAAAAUGAUGGAAUCUAGUUUUUCAGGAGCCCAGUCCUUUCCCGAAGCCUUGUCUCCAGACAGAGGAAGCCAGCCGACGAAGCCACACAGAAGUCUCUCUUCAUGCUGCAGCCCAGGUCAGCGAACCGGGAUGCUCCACAGGAAUGCCUUUCGGAGGACUCCUCCCUUACCUCGGGGCAGGUUCAAUGGAAUUACGGGACCAGCAUACCAACAGCUAGAAGAGUCUAGAAUUACAGAUCAGGACAUGAUACCUUGUCAAGGGUUAUCUUCUGAUUUCGAAACACCACAGAAUACUUCAAUAAAUAUGCAACUGCCUUCAAGAGAGACAAGCUCUUAUUUUAAUGGCAUGGCCCAAAAGGACACAGUUGGCUACUCGUCUCCAAGAGCCAGCUCCGUUCCCAUCAUCCCCUCCGUGGGCUUGGACGAAGCCUGCAUGCAGACACAGAACGUUUCGGACACAACGGGCCUCACGUGGCGCAAGAACUCCUAUUCCACUGAACUGGUCCACGUGAGUGCCCCUGCCAGAAGUUGUCUUAUUGCAGAGCAGCAAGAAGUAAAAAUAUUAUUAGAAACUGUCCAAGAGCAGAUCCGGAUUCUGACCGACGCCAGGAGGUCGGAGGACUUUGAACUGGCGAGUGCCGACACGGAGAACGGCACCAGCGAAAACACAGCUUUUCUGCCUAUGAGUCCCGUGGCGAAAUUGGAGCGAGAGGCACAGUUUGUCUUAAAAAGUGAAAGGCAAAGAGACUCAGCCUUGAUUAAGUGACUUUGUC